AUGCUUUCGAAGCUGUUCAUCAGUGCCGUGGUAUUAGCGGUAUGUGUAGCGGAGCGCAAAUUUCCCCCCGGUUUUAAGUUUGGCGCAGCGACCGCGUCUUAUCAGGUGGAAGGUGCUUGGAAUGUUAGUGACAAAUCGCCAAGCAUCUGGGAUACGUUUGCUCACGAGAAUCCCGAGAAAAUCAUUGACGGAUCGAGCGGCGACGUGGCCUGCGAUUCCUACCACCUCUGGGAGACAGACGUCGCCCUCGCCAAGGACCUAGGUCUACACUUCUACAGAUUCUCGAUAUCGUGGUCUCGAUUGCUUCCCAAUGGUCUGGCGAACGUCGUAAGCGAAGACGGCAGUCGGUACUACAACAACCUGAUCGAUGGACUGCUCGAGAACGGCAUCGAACCCGUAAUCACUCUAUUCCAUUGGGACUUACCACAGAAGUUACAGGACUUAGGUGGCUGGACCAACCCAGAAAUAGCAAUCUGGUUCGAAGACUACGCGCGUACAGCUUUCGAACUCUACGGAGACAGAGUGAAGACAUGGCUGACCUUCAACGAACCUAUUAUCAUCUGCGAUGCAGCUUACGAGAAGGGGACCAUCGCACCGGGAAUAGCCAGCCCCGGAAUCGGCAACUUCAUCUGCGUCAAGAACCUGAUGCUGGCUCACGCGAGAGCGUAUAGGAUUUACGAUAAAGAGUUUAGGCCUAAGUACAACGGCAAAGUUGGAUUGACUAACAACCACGUGUGGUACGAACCGAAUACACCAGACGACGAAGAAAACACAGAACUAGCCAGAGACUUAGCUGCGAUAUACGCCCAUCCCAUUUACUCUAAGAGUGGAGGUUGGCCACCGAGUGUGGAGGAAUUCAUUGCUAAGAAGAGCAAGGAGGAAGGAUACCCGAGGUCGAGGCUUCCCUCUUUUACACAGGAGGAAAUCGAAUUCAUUAGGGGCACUUACGAUUACUACGGCUUAAAUUACUACACGUCCCGAAAAGUCUCCUCCGGGGUACCCACCGGCUCGUCCAUAUCUUGGCCGAGCUCGGGUUCCCCAGAAAUCGGCAUCGUCUUUUCAUCGGAUCCCAGCUGGACUGCUGGAUAUGCGUGGCUCGUUAGCUAUCCACCGGGUCUAAGAAAGCAGAUGAACUGGCUUGUGAAGCAGUACGGAGAUAUUGAGAUACAGAUCUUGGAAAACGGAUACUCCACGCCAGAACCCAUCAUGUAUGACACGAGCAGAGUAAAGUACUAUGAAGAUCAUUUGGAGCAGGUGCUAUUAGCCAUACAAGAGGACGGUAUCAACAUAACCGCUUACACGGCUUGGUCCUUGCUGGACAAUUACGAAUGGACAAGUGGAUACACGUCUAGAUUCGGAAUAGUGAGCGUCGACUUCACUGAUCCCAUGCGCAAGCGCACGCCACGUGCUUCCGCCUACUACUACGCUACAGUUAUAAAAAACCAUUCUCUCGACUUCCCGAAACAUUAG